CCUAUAACUCUUGUGGUUCUUGGUUUAAUUGAUCUUCAUGCUAGCUUUACUGUUUUUUUGUAAUGGGAGAUCUACUUGUAGAAUGACAUUUGUAACUUAUUUGCUGGUCGUUUUAUACAUGUCGACGGAUGUUUUCCUACCACAGACUAAACUCCGUGUUUUAGCUGCAGACAUGAGAAGGCACUUCACAAUAUGACACGAUAAUAUGACAUUUAUAGAUAUCAGUCGUGUAACACACUUGCUGGCGUUAGCAUAAAGUGCUGAUAUAGCAUCACUGUAGAGUUUUUUUUCCCUAUUUUUUUCCCGGCAUGCAUUUUUGUCUUCGUAUUCCGUUUCACUUUCACUCCUGACUUUGUAUGAAAACUACCUGCUGGAGGCGAAACGUAUUGCAGGUGAGAGGAUUUCCUGCUGCCAUUGCCACCAUGUUUCCUCUCCUGUUGGUGCUCCUUGUUCUCUAUCCUUCCUCAUAUGGAGCUCAGAUACGAAGUCAAGCCCAAACCAAAGAGCCCCCAUUAGCCACCAAUGGCCAGGUGUUCCCCUGGGAUCGCAUGAGACUCCCUACAACCAUCGCUCCCCUCCACUAUGACAUGACCAUCCACCCCAACCUCACCAACCUCGACUUCACUGGUGUAGUUCGUAUUGAACUGGAUGUGCUGGAAGACACCAACACCAUCAUUAUUCACGCCAAGCAAAUGCACGUAUCCAAUGUGCUGCUCCUCGCACCUGAAGGCGUGAGGCCUUUGAAGGUGUUGGAGUAUCCAAGUUUUCAUCAGCUCGCCCUGCUGUCAGACUCUGUGCUGAUCAAAGGUAGGAAGUAUGAGGUCCAGCUGGAGUUUGCUGCCAACUUGUCAGACAGCUUCCAUGGUUUCUACAAGAGCAGCUACCGCACCAGCACUGGGGAGGUCCGAGUCCUGGCAUCUACGCAGUUUGAAGCAACGUUUGCUCGAGGAGCCUUCCCCUGUUUUGAUGAGCCUGCAUUCAAAGCCAAGUUCACCAUACGGAUCAUCCGAGAGCCACGCCACAUAGCCAUUUCUAACAUGCCCAAGGUUAAAACAGUGGAGCUGCCUGGUGGUUUGCUUGAGGAUCAUUUUGACACGACUGUAAAAAUGAGCACUUAUUUGGUGGCCUACAUCGUGUCUGACUUCCUGUCAGUUAGCAAGACCACCCAGCAUGGUGUCAAGAUCUCCAUCUAUGCUGUCCCUGAGAAGAUUGACCAGACAGCUUUUGCUCUGGAUGCUGCAGUCAAGCUGUUGGACUUCUAUGAUGAUUAUUUUGAUAUUCCUUAUCCGCUUCCUAAACAGGACCUGGCUGCUAUCCCUGACUUCCAGUCAGGCGCGAUGGAGAACUGGGGGCUGACCACCUACAGGGAGACUGGCCUCCUCUUUGACCCUGAAAAAUCCUCAGCCUCUGACAAAUUGGGCAUCACUAAAGUCAUUGCCCAUGAACUUGCACACCAGUGGUUUGGGAAUCUGGUGACGAUGGAGUGGUGGAAUGACUUGUGGCUCAAUGAGGGUUUUGCCAAGUUUAUGGAGUUUAUUUCUGUGGACGUCACCUUCCCAGAACUUCACGUGGAUGACUUUUUCUUGGGUAAAUGCUUUGAAGCGAUGGAGGUAGACUCCCUCAGCUCCUCCCAUCCGGUCUCAACUCCCGUGGAAAACCCCACUCAGAUCCAGGAGAUGUUUGAUGAUGUGUCAUAUGACAAGGGAGCAUGUAUUCUGAAUAUGCUGCGGGAUUUCCUCACUCCGGAUGCCUUCGAGAUUGGCAUCAUCCGAUACCUGAAGCGCUACAGCUACCAGAAUACUGUGAACAGCCAUCUGUGGGAGAGCCUAACUGAUGUCUGCAGCUCUGAUGAGUUGGACCAAGGCCGAAUGAAACACACUGAAUUCUGCUCUAAACGUAAACAACAGUCGAGAGCCUCGAAGUGGUACUCUGGCGAUGAGCUGGAUGUGAAGACCAUCAUGGACACCUGGACGCUGCAGGAGGGCUUCCCGCUGGUCACUGUGGAGGUCAGAGGUCGGGAGGUGAGGCUCAGUCAGGAGCGCUACCUGAGGACAGACGAUCCUUCCCUCACUGAAGGAUUCCUGUGGCAGAUUCCACUGACCUACAUGACGAGCAGCUCGAACACCAUCCAUCGUUUCCUGCUCAAGACUAAGACUGAUGUCCUGUACCUGCCUGAGGAGGUGGACUGGGUGAAGUUCAAUGUGAACAUGAGCGGCUACUACAUGGUUCACUAUGCAGGCGAGGGGUGGAACUCCAUUAUAAAACUGCUGCAGCACAACCACACUGCUCUGUCCGGCAACGACCGAGCCAGCCUCAUCAACAACGUCUUCCAGCUGGUCAGUGUGGGGAAGGUGAGGCUGGACACUGCUCUGGAACUGUCCCUGUAUCUGUCCAAAGAGUCUCAGAUCAUGGCUGUGACUCAGGGCUUUCAAGAGCUUGUACCUCUCUACAAGCUGAUGGAAAAGAGAGACAUGCCUGUCCUGGAGAACCAGAUGAAGAGCUACAUUGUGGAUCUGUUCCGGGAGCUGAUUGAUCAACAGGAGUGGACGGACUCUGGUUCAGUGUCUGAGCGAAUGAUGAGAAGUUACCUGCUGCUGUUCGGCAGCGUCAGGAACUACCUUCCAUGUCUGUCCAAAGCCACCCAGCUCUUUAACCAGUGGAAGGAGUCUGAUGGCACCAUGAGCCUCCCUGUUGACGUCACAAUGGCCGUGUUUAUGAUUGGAGCUCGUACACCAGAGGGGUGGGACUUCCUGUUUGAGAAGUACCGCAGCUCUCUGCAGAUGUCUCUUAAAAGUCGCUUGAAGAGCGCCAUGGCUUUCAGCCCUCUGCAGGACAAGCUCCAGUGGAUGAUGGAGCAGAGCCUCCAUGGUGAGGUGAUGAAGACUCAGGACCUCCCUGAUGUGGUUGUCUCUAUCAGCAAGAACCCCCAUGGCUACAAACUGGGCUGGGACUUCCUCCGAGCCCACUGGCACACCCUGAUCAAAAAAUUUGACCUCGGCUCACACUCCAUAUCAUACAUGGUGACUGGGACGACCAGCCAGUACUCUACCAGGGAGAUGCUUCAUGAGAUACAAAGCUUCUUCGGCUCUCUGACUGAGGAGACGGGCUUAAAGAUGAGGUGCAUCCAGCAGACCUAUGAGACCAUUGAGGAUAACAUCCGCUGGAUGGACACAAACCUUCCUCUGCUGCAGGCGUGGCUGAAUAAGCGCAACACAAAAAUGCCUCAUGAAGAUUUAUAAGAACAUGAAGACAAAAUGGCCAGAGGGGGAUAAUGAAGGUGUGGACUCAGGCUGGUCACAAUCAAAAACGAUAACUCUUAGCUUAUUUUGAAUGUAAAUUUUAUACCAGAAUACACUUUAUCAUUAGAUCAUUGGUCAUAUAACAUUGUAUUUUCCAUAAUUGAUAAAACACUUCAAACAGACCCUGAUUUUAAUUUAUUUUCAUACCACUCCAAACCACAUCCUUAAAGUGAGCAAUUAAGUGUUUCUCUGGUAUCUGAUUGAGGAAACAAAAUUUCUGUUUAGGAAAUUAACAAUUUUUUAGGAGCUGUUUGGGUUGCUUUGUUUUUAUCUUGUGCUCAGAGUUGAAUGUUUAUGUUUGUGGUUAAGUGUAUUUGUGCAAGCGAGUGUGUUUUCAAUGUGAAUUAAGGAUUGAUAGUUUUUCACUGCUGUAAAGUUUUGGGUUUUGGAAAGAUAAUUAAGAUUUAAGCUGCGUGGUACCAACAGAACACAUACUGUAAAUCUUUUACUGUUUUUUAUGGACUAUAAGUCUAUAAGACUAUAAGAAGAAAAUCAGGAACUCAGUGAAGACAGAGAGAUGUUUGCUGCCUUUACCCUUCAAUAAAAAGGCUUAAAGGUAACAUAAGCAAAACAGGAAAGAAAUACCCUGGUGCACUUGUGAAAAAGCUAAAUUUGACCUCCUUGUUUUCACCACUAACAGCACAUCACAUACUGUUUUGUAUUUGCUUAAAUUUGCAGAAUUGACAACAAAAUACGAACUCUGACUGCACUGUAAACAUUUUUAGUGGAGACAAAAUUGAUAUUUUUGAUAGAAAAAAAGAGCAGUGACAUGUUCCAAAAACACUUUGUUCUAUUCAGCUCUGCACUGUCAUGUUGCUGCUUUUAAUUCUGUUAAUUUAACAAAAACAUGUUGAAUUAAUUAUUGGAUCCAUAAACUAUAUUUGUCAUAACA